CGCGCUCCGCCUGCCCCACCCCGGCGGCGCCGCCCGCCCGCGCGUCCCUCGGUCCACCUGCAGCAAGCAGUCCCUCCGACCGUCCGACCCAGAGGCGCCGGCCGAGCCCGAGGCCUGGGCUCUUGCUCCCUGGCGGAGGGAUCCGCGGCGGCUGAGGAGGCGGCGCUGAGCCUAGAAGGAAGAGGCAGCUACCGCGGUGGCGGCGGCGGCGGCUCGGGCGGCAGCGCAUAAAGGGGCCGCCGCCGGGUGAUGCGGUGACCCCUGCGGCAGGCUCAGGAGCCGAGUGGGCCACGGCCCCAAGUCCGUCCCGCCGGACCCGCGCUCCGGAACUCCCCAUCUUCUCCGGCCGACCCGCGAUCACCGAGGCGGCCUCGCGCCCCCUCGUCCCUUCCCCGUCCCUCCCCUGCCCCUGUUCCCGCCCCGGGGGCCGCCUCCACCUGCCUCCCACGAUGGCUCUGAAGAGAAUCCACAAGGAAUUGAACGACCUGGCGCGGGACCCCCCAGCACAGUGUUCAGCAGGUCCCGUUGGAGAUGAUAGUCAUUGGGAUAGAAAUUGUAAACUAUUUUAGAGAAGAAUCUGGUGAGAGGCUUGUGGAGGUUCCGGAAGUGGACUCAUUCUCAGUGUUCCAUUGGCAAGCUACAAUAAUGGGGCCAAAUGACAGUCCCUAUCAGGGUGGAGUAUUUUUCUUGACAAUUCAUUUCCCAACAGAUUACCCCUUCAAACCACCUAAGGUUGCAUUUACAACAAGAAUUUAUCAUCCAAAUAUUAACAGUAAUGGCAGCAUUUGUCUUGAUAUUCUACGGUCACAGUGGUCUCCAGCACUAACUAUUUCAAAAGUACUUUUGUCCAUCUGUUCUCUGUUGUGUGAUCCCAAUCCAGAUGAUCCUUUAGUGCCUGAGAUUGCUCGGAUCUACAAAACAGAUAGAGAAAAGUACAACAGAAUAGCUCGGGAAUGGACUCAGAAGUAUGCGAUGUAAUUAAAGAAAUUAUUGGAUAACCUCUACAAAUAAAGAUAGGGGAACUCUGAAAGAGAAAGUCCUUUUGAUUUCCAUUUGACUGCUUUCUAUGAGCCCACGCCUCAUCUUCCCCUGUGCACAUGUUUACCUGAUACAGCAGUGCUGCGUGUUGUACAUACUUGGAACAACAAACUAGAAAUACUGUACUUCUGUACCAACAUUGCCUCCUAGCAGAGAGUGUGUGUGUGACAAGCCAGUUCUCCAGGCAUAACCUAGGUGUGAGACUAAAAGCUUUCCUUAUUGACUUAAAUUUGGAUAACGGCAGAGUGAGGGGUGGUGGGUAUGUUGUGUGCUUGGAUGGGGAAGAAAAGCUCCACUGACCUGUAGGAGAUUGUUUUUUAAGUGAAAUCCCAUUAAACUCAAAACAGUUAUGAAAAGCAAGGCCAAGAACAUGAAGCUGUUUCUGUAUUCGUUUUAUUCCGAAGGACUUAACGUCUUAGGUGAAAGUUAUGACCAAUCAGAUUAAACUCUACCUACAUCCUGUAUUUUAAGGUCUAAGUUUAACUGGUCAACAUUUAAAUGGAUUGGAGCUAUUAGUAAGUAAAGUGUGAUGGGCUUUGUUUCCAACUCUUUUACAUCUCCCCACCCUUCAACCUUCGUCCUUCAGCCCCUCUUUCUCUCUUCCAUAUUCUUUGGUUUGUAUGUGGUUUCUCAGUUAAUACAUAGCUAAUAGCUCUUAUUUUUCUUAUGUUUUUAACUGCUUAGGUCUAUCUGGAUGUAAGGGUGAAAAUUCAUUCGAUGGAAAUACUUGUGUAUAUUUAAAGACCCAAUUGCUCCUCUGGAGCCUGUACGUUCAAGAAUGAUUAAUCUGUGUAAUAAACUGAUUACUACAGUCAUUACAUAUAAUUUUGUGUGAAUAGGCUUUUUGAUUUUAAGAAUUUUGUCUAGUUGAGAUUAGUGGUGGAUUUUUUCCCACCCCUAAAAUGUUUUCAUUUAUACUGGUUGCAUUUCAAAAUCAUGAAACAAUUCAGUUUACAUAGUAAAAAGGAUAUCUUGAAAGUAAUUUUACUGAACAAGAUAAACGCAUAAGCUUAAAAGAAUUUUCAUGAAAUAUAUAUGUGCAGUAUUCCAGGAACAUGACUGUUAAACUAAAUAAGAAAUUUGCUUUAUUAUUGAAACUAAGCUGCAUUUCACUGAAACCUUGUGACAUUCCUUUGGUACAUAGGACAUAAAACAAAGGCAUUGCUAUUUGGUAAGUUCAGCUUCUGUGAUUGUGAUUGUAAAAACAACAUUGACCAAACCUGGGAAACAUGAGCACAAUCUUGUAUUGGAGAGUCUACAUAAUUACUUUGCACUAACAUUGCAGGAUGUUCAUCCAAUUUUAAAUUGUACUGUAUGUGGCUUUUUGGUCUUCCCUUGACGCUAGUAAAAUGUAGUUUGAAACUUGUAAACAGCUGUGUUUGCCAGAAACAUCGUUCCUGUGAACUAGGCAAGUUACUUUUUUUCCCCCUACUUCUCCUAAUCUAAUUGUAAACCAGGCCAGCCUGAAAGCAAUGGCUGAUGCUCUCUAGCCGUCAGGUUCUUUCAAAUGCAUCUUUACACUCUUGCACAAAAAUUGAGGAAUAAAUGUCCACUGCUUUUGGUUUUAAA